UUCAGUUGGUGGAGGUAGAAAAGCUCGAUGGCUGCAUCACGUAUUGCUUCUUCGAGAAGACUGUGUUGUAAAUACAAAUGUAUCUUUUACGUGGCGUUUGUUAUUUUGUGUGUUCAAUUCUUUUUAUACAACAUAAACAUCAAGGAAGCGGACAACCCAUCAGACGACAGGGAGUCACAUAAGGAGGUGAGAGAUACUAGAGUCCUGAUUGAGGAGGACUCUGAGGAGAAGAAACAAGAAGAUGAGGACGGUAAUGCCAACGAAGGGGAGGACCUUUCUGAAGAGGUCCUGGCCAGUGAAGAAAAACUGUCCAAUGAGGGCUUUGGAAUCAAAUCAGAGCUCCUUGCGGGUUAUGCUCCUCCCUGUAAGAUUGAGAGUGCUCAGGCAAUGUCAGCCAUUGAGAGAGCUACAACCAGGGAGUGUAAGCAGGAGAUAGCAGACGUAGCCUGCGGGAUUCAGGAGGGAGGGGUCUACCCAGGCUCCCUCCCCAACACUUGUCAUCUCAAAGGAAACCACUCUAAAGGUCAUUACUACGGCUGUUACCUUGACGAUGCCGAGGACCGGGAUAUGACCCACCAGAAGACCCUCCCCACAGAAAACUGGUCCCAGACGUGUAUCGACUACUGCUUACAGAUAGGUUUUAGGUAUGCCGGUCUUCAGUAUGGGAGGGAGUGCUGGUGUGGGAACUCCUUUGGGAAGCAUGGAACUACAGGAGCAGUGUGUAACCAGCGCUGUCCCGGAAAUUCCAAGGAAUCCUGCGGGGGAUACCUCACUAAUGAUGUGUACAGCACAGGGAUCCAAGAGCGGUUCAGUAAUGGCCCAGGAAAUCUCCACUUUGAGGAGGAGGAUGUACGACCAAAGGUCAGGGUCCUGUUUGUGUUGACCUUGAACGGCCGACAAGUCCGACAGGUGCGAAGAUUGCUGAAGGCCAUAUACCACCGGGACCACUUCUACCUUCUACAUGUUGAUGCAAGGCAGGAAUAUCUUUUUCGAGAGUUACUUCCCUUAGAGCAGUUGUUGUCCAAUGUUCGUCUUGUGCGUAAGCGAUUUGCCACGAUAUGGGGCGGAGCCAGUCUUUUGGAUGCCCAUCUGCACAUCAUUGAGGAGGCCCUGGAAAUGGACUGGAUGUGGGACUACUAUGUUAAUCUAAGUGAAAGUGACUAUCCAAUCAAGAAACUAGAUUCUUUGGUGUCCUACUUAUCAAAAUACAGAGGUCAUAUUUUCCUGAAAUCUCACGGCAGAAACACCUCUCUGUUUGUAAGAAAGCAAGGUCUGGACCAGACUUUCCUGCAGUGUGACAACCACCUGUGGCGGCUUGGAACUCGUACUCUGCCCUCAGGGAUCCAGGUGGAUGGGGGCAGUGACUGGGUGGGCCUCCCCCGACAUUUCUGUCUUUAUGUGGUCACCUCCAAGGAUAAACUCCUGACCGGACUAAAGAAACUGUACAAAUAUACACUGUUACCAGUGGAGUCUUUUUUCCACACCUUGCUCCACAACAGCCAUUUCUGUGACAAGUGGAUGGAGAACAAUCUCCACGUCACGAACUGGAACAGGAAGCGUGGCUGUAAGUGUCAGCACAAGAACGUGGUGGACUGGUGCGGCUGUUCUCCCAACGACUUCCUGUCACAGGACCUGGACCGGAUUCUGUCAUAUGAAGUCAAGCCAAUAUUUUUUGGUAGAAAGUUUGAAGCAACAGUAAAUCAGGACAUCAUCAAUAGCAUGGAUGUGUACCUGUUUGGAAACGAGAUGACAGAUGUGACGGCGUUGACCAGCUACUGGCAGAACGAGUACCACCACCUGGACCGCCACACCGGGGUGGACGACACCUUCCUCAGUUUUUACCUGUCUUUCAUGCGUCUAACCACCACUCGCCUGGCGGCAGACACCACUGGGCAGUGUCAGGUGGUUCCAAACAAGGUGCUCCAGGUCCAUUUGUUUCAGAGGGGGGACCGCAACCAGGGGCUGCUGGUGUUGUUUGAGACCACCAGUAAAGAAGGGACCAGAUUAGUUUUGGAGAGCCAUAUGAUGCUGAGACAGCAUUAUUCUGUGAUAAAUCCUACAGGGCCUGCUGGCAGGCUCAUCAACCUGGAGGUUGGGAGUGACUUUGACUUGAAAGAAGCUAUAUUUCGAAAUUAUGGACAAUUAUUAGGUCCAUACAGUGACCUGGUUUUGAGACAUACGUGGGGACCAGGUACACCUUUGGUAGUCUCCAUUGCCUGGAUUGACCCAGCCAAGGUCAUUGCUGCUUCUUAUGAUAUCAACAUCACAAGUGAGGGUCAAAUAGGACCAUUCAAACCCCAGCUGAAGCAGCCACUGAGACCAGGUGUGUGGGCUUGUGUACUUAUGUACAGGUACGAGGUCAUUGCACAGGUGAAUUUCCUUGUGCUUCCUUUAGCUGUGUUCAGAGGAAAUCCCUUAGAUUCGCGGAAGGCAGGCCUUCAUCAUAAUGGACCUAUUGGGUAUUAUGCAAAACAAGAUUUUUCAGAAUUUGAGGAAGUUUUAAGAGUGACCAGUGUGAGAGAAGCACGUGCAGCAGCGGAUGAGAAUGGUCAGAAGCAUGGGCGCACGCUGGAAGAGUGGACGGACAGUCUGUGUGCCGAGUUCUGGAGUGUCCAGGAUAUAUGUAGAACAGGAGCUGUCAGCAGCAACUGCACCUCUGUCAAAAAGUGUGAGGAGUCACCAUGGAGUUCACUGUCACCAGAUCCAAAGUCAACCAUCACAGCUGUUAACCCCAUCACUGGCCUCAUACGAUAGUUACUGAUAUAGGUCCCAAUAUAAACUAAUUCACUGGCCUUAUACAUGUACGAUGGUUAUUGAUACAAAUCCCAAGUGCUCCAUUACAGCAAUUAAUCCAUGACUUGCCUUUCACAAUAGUUCCUAUUUACUGGCCUCAUACGAUAGUUACCUUUACAGAUUACCUUUACAGAUUCCAAGUCCUCCAUUUCAGCCAUUCAUAUGCCUAAGAUAGACAACAGUACAGAUUAUUAGUCAACUAUUACGACAAAUAAUCCCAUCCACCCUCAUUUAAUAUCUCAUGUCACUUACUAGUAUUUGCAAUCCAAAGACUGUGUUUUAGUUUAAAAGAUAUCAUUUUGAUCAAUUUAACCCAAAAGUAGACCUCACAUACUGAUAAUAUUUUUUUUAAAAAGUGAUAAUUAUUACGUUUAUCUAUAGAUAUUUAGUACAGUAACUAAGUACCCUGGGUAUACAGAAAAAUCCCAUUACAACAAUCAACCCCAAUACAGGUUUUAUGUACAAUGCAUGCACUGAUUAUUGAUCUCAUCUCAUGAUUACAGCUACAUGUAGUAAUAAAAAUCCCAAAUUUUGAUAGCUACAGUUACGUGUAUUACAGAGACGAUUUCUACGGCUAACAUGAAGC